AUGAGUACUAGACACAAAAGGGAAAUGACCAAUAGACCAUGCAUGAUCACUGAAACGGGCCGGGUUUUGCCAUUACCCCCUAAGCGAACACCCUCAAGGUCCGCAAAAUCUAUAAAGUUGCCGACAAGGCGCUUUGGUCCUGUAUUUAGUGCUGUAGAGAUUCAGGAUGGAAACAAAAGUCACGAAAAGUCCACACACAAGAGAAAGAUUUCCCCAUCACCGGAAAAAGUUGUUGUAAAAGAGACGCACAAACGUAAGAAAAACUGUAAUAAAACAAUCGUUUCCCCUCGUUUGUACGAUACAGAGGAUUCGAAGUGUAAAACCGCUGAAAAAAUCGAUCGUGAUUCCGUCGAUGAAUAUCUGGAAAGGUUAUCGACCUCAUCCUUUACUAAAUUUGAUACGUACAGCUAUUGUGACAGCCCAAGACUGAAUGUUUUGUCUCAUGAAAAGCCUCCGGAAGCGAACAAGAAUGGAUGGGAUAUAUCCUCAUCACCGACGUGCACAGUUUUGUUCCCACAAAACAGGGACGGGGUUUGCAACUCACCUUCUUCAGCGCCAUUGUCAGACCGCCUAAAUCCGAAAAUUGGGAGUAGGAAAUUAACCAAGGUUUUUACAGAUCCAUCCGAAUGUUCCGAAACCAAAAGGGAACACGGGGGGCAUGGCCGCUCUCGGGAUCGGCUGCUGACCUACAAACAUAAUCAGAAUUUAGAAUUGGACCCGGAUUCGCUUCCAAGAGACUCCAAAACUCUUUUAGUGUACAACAAUUGUAAUCUUCAUAUGCACGUUAGGCCCAACAAGAUGCCUCAUGAUGAUGGGACUACGCACAUAGGCUUUAUUGAGGACCACCAAGCUUCGAACCUGGCUCGGCUUACAUAUUUGAAGGGGAGAAACUCGUGGGAGCACCCGGUUAUCGGCGAGGAGGUUGUAGAGCACACGUGGGAUUCUUGUUCAGUACCCCUGAACAAUACCUCGUUUCAUACUCAAAGACCAGAAGCUUCCGUAGGCGGUAGGGAAUUGGCUCCCCCGAUGCCAUCGCUCCAGGGAAUUCAACGCACUCCACGAAUUCGAUCUUACUGUACGACCAGAAUCAACAUUAUGGAUUGCAACGACUAA